GGGCGUAGUGGCUCCUUGUAAUGGCGACCGUGCCGUAGAUGCGCCGAGCUCUCUCUCAGUGAAAAUGAAGCGAAGAAGAAGUUAUUUCUACUGAAUUAAAAACGCCGAGAUUUCCCCGGAGGAGGACUUCUUUGCGUCUACAACCGUCGCCUUCAAACGUGGUAAACUUAGCCGUGCUGUUGAACGUCUGUGCCUCCCCCCGCCCCGCAAUGAUGAAGCUUAAGUCCAACCAGACCCGGACGUACGACGGGGAUGGCUACAAGAAGCGAGCUGCCUGCCUGUGUUUCAGGAGCGAAUCAGAGGAGGAGGUGCUGCUGGUGAGCAGCAGCAGACACCCUGAUAAGUGGAUCGUUCCCGGAGGGGGCAUGGAACCCGAGGAGGAGCCCAACGUUGCUGCUGCUCGGGAAGUGUGUGAAGAGGCAGGGGUGAAGGGGACUUUGGGUCGCUUAGUGGGCGUGUUUGAGAACCAGGAGAGGAAACACAGGACAUAUGUGUAUGUUCUGAUCGUGACUGAGGUUCUGGAGGACUGGGAGGACUCAGUCAACAUUGGGAGAAAAAGGGAAUGGUUUAAAAUAGACGAUGCCAUACAAUUGUUGCAGUGUCACAAGCCCGUGCAGGCCACCUACUUCGAGGCUCUCCAGGAGAGCUGCCUGACCAGCAAUGGAACACCUUUGGUGACCACGAUAGGCGGGGACCUCUCCCCUACCUACAGCAUCAACCAGAGCUCUGUUUCGGAUAUCAGAUAACUAAAACCAUAACUGAAGACCCCCUUCCAACCCCCACCUACCACUGCCCCAAUCUCCCUCCUUCACUCCUCCACGUUGGGAGCUUUAGCCACCACUUGCGCUCUUAGUCUUCUUCUUUUACUCUUUGUCUGGUUUGCCUUGCCAACUCUGUGGUGCCACAGCUAUCGUGGCACAGACUGGAUGACCAAGUGUUGGCUUAAAAAAAAAAAGUGUGAAAACACUUUGUACAUUUUGACCUCUUUUUGCUUUCUUUUUACUGAACUCUUUGCAUGAAAGAAGAAAAAGUUCCCUGGCCUCCUUGGACACACAAUUAACGUGUUAACGGAAUGCAAAGAACUACUUUUUACUGUUGUCAUGUAAAAGUGUGUAUCUAGUGCUAAUUGAAAGGCUUUUGGUGGUCCUUUUUAAUAACGUCUCCUUCAUUUUUUUUUCCUGUCUGUGUGUGAAUGUGCCCAUGUAGCCCCCCGCCGCCUCCACACCACCACAACCCUGUCUCCCAUUCUUUUUUUCUUUGGAUUUCUGUCUGCUUGUGCUUCAGUUUGAUCCUCUCGGGACACGUUCGCUCCACAGAGAGUGAAAGAAUGUCAACAUAGCUUCUCCAUUUGCUUUUGCCUCUUUUUUUUUUUUUUUUUUUUUAAUGCUUUGCCUGUCAACUGAAACGUCUUUGGCCACAUGCUGAGGGUGAAAUACAACAUUUCAGCUUUUUUUUUUUUUUUUUUUAACAUAUCACUUCCUGUUUUACUCCCCCUCUGUCGUUUUGGUUCAAUUGUUUACAUUGUAACAGCACAGGUAACUUUAUUGGGCACAUUUCAUUGUUUUUUAAAUGAUUGUUCCUCCUGUAGUAUUUAAUCUGCAUCCACCUCCCCACCCUCCAAAAAACACCCCAUUAGAAAGUAAAGUAACACAAUCCACAAUGCUAUUUUUGGCAUGAUGCAGAGCAAACAAGCCUUGUACAGUUUGUUUUUCACAUGUAAAAUGCUUCCUUUUUUUGGAUACUAUUUUUUUUUCCCCUCUCCACAAAGAAAAAAAAAAAAGGUCUGGCAAGAGUCUCGUUAGCCGCGUCACGCAAGCCGCCGGCUUGAUACUGUGAAACUGGAGGGAGCGCUGUAGAUAGCACGGAAGAGGUUUUAUUGUAAAUUGUUUAUUUCUGUAUAGAUCAACGGUGAGCGUACAAACGACAGAGCAUCUCUUGCACAUGUGUUUGUGCUUUUUUCUUUCAACGGAGGAUAGAGAUCCUGCAAGUGCUGGCAUGUGCAGAGGCCGAUCGACGGUCUUAACGAGACACUGAAUAAUGUGGGAUGAGGCUGUGAUUGAAUACCCGUGACAUCCUUUCCCUUUCUUUCGGGGAGUGACACCUUAGCUGAAGCCCAGUGUGUUUUCACAUGAGAUGGUCUUUCUUUCUCAGAGCCCUAACAGUAGAUCUGGCAUUUAUUUGCCUGUGCCUUUCACACAAAACCUACCCAAGCGAGAUGUUGCCUUAGCCAAUGUGCGUAUGAAAUAGCCCUUGUCCAAGAGCCGAAAUAGAGGCACACAGUUGCAGCAUCAUCUCCCUUCAGUGGAAUCUGUGUGAAAGGCACAGGCUAACUAAUGCUGAAUUUUCUGUUAGCUUUGAGGCAGCAAUUUUGUGGGAUCUGUGUGAGCUUUUUCCAUUCUUGGCUGAUAAGAGGCAAAAUGUCAUUUUUGAUGGCCAGAAACUGAGCUUAUUGGUGUUUGUGAAGCAGUCAUGUGAAACCAUGCUGAGACCCAACACCUUUUUUCCUUUCCUGUUUACCUUUUGAGGGAGUAGUCUCUCCUCCUCUUUUAUCAGGCUCUUCUGGCUUUUCCUGCAAUGAUGACUGAAUUUAUCAGACUUCGUCAACUGGUAAAAAUUAUAAGGAGUCUUAUUUUUAUUGCCACCUAUCAGGAAAGGUGCGGUGGCCAAAGUCUUUGUUUACGACGCCCCUUUCGCAUGACGUUUUUGAGUCUUCAUCUGAAUGUGCAAUUAAAAGUUGAGGGCAUUGACCUUUAGUUGGAGACUUCAAAUAGGUUUGAUGUGGAGGACAGGUGUCACAAGGGGGAAAAAAAAAAGUCUCAGCUAUUUCAUUUCAGUCCAUGUUUUUCAUCCUUGUCUUUAAUCCUGUGUUGUCCACAUGCUUAUAUUUGUACAGUGCUAACAUGACACUCAAGGAUGUUUAAAAAAAAAAAAAAUCCUCCUUUA